GCGCAACGCACGUGACGGUUUGUCACAGAGAAACACACACGCACGAGGAAGAAGAAGAGGCCGAAAGCGGAAGAGACGUGGCAGAUAAACAGAGAGAAAGCAGCUGAAGUUAGCUCAUGACAGCUCCGGGAGCCGCCUCACGUGUGAAUUAAGUCCACGGGAGCUUCAAUGACAGCCGCGCUACAUCACCUGAAACCAACGGGACUCGACUGAAGUCUGUGUGACAGCCGGCUAUGGGUCUCUGUAAGUGUCCGAAGAGAAAGGUCACCAAUUUAUUCUGCUUCGAACAUCGCGUGAACGUGUGUGAGCAUUGCCUCGUCUCCAACCACAACAAGUGUAUCGUGCAGUCGUACCUGCAAUGGCUUCAGGACAGCGAUUACAACCCCAACUGUACUCUGUGUAAUACUCCACUGACUGCCCAAGACACCGUCAGACUGGUCUGCUAUGAUGUGUUUCACUGGUCCUGUCUUAAUAACUUGGCGUCACGGCUGCCCCUCCAUACUGCUCCAGCGGGGUACCAGUGUCCUACCUGUCAGAGUCCGGUGUUCCCGCCUUCCAACCUGGCCAGCCCGAUUGCUGAUGUGCUGAAAGAACAGCUGUCAUCUGUUAACUGGGCGAGAGCUGGUUUGGGGCUGCCGCUGAUUGAAGAGCCAAUCGGGGUCCUCGAGGAGACAACAGCUAAUGACGUCACUGAUUAUACCGACUGGUCAACGUUUGAUGCACAAGAGCAAAGUAACAUUUACCCCAGCCACUCUUACAACACCAGCCUCAACCAACCACCAAACUCUGUCCCGUCUCCAGCACAAGAAGACCUCGGAGGUCUUCGUAAAAAUGGGGAUCCAAAUCCGCAGGGGGAAACUGUGGUCAACUUUACUACUGCCAGUACCCGUGACACAAUUACAUUACACGCAGCAUCAUCACCGAGAAAGAUCUACGACACUCGGGACGUCGGUCACAGCUCCGUCACACAGAUCGACUUUGAUGACGACAAGUACCGGCGACGACCAGCGUUAAGUUGGUUUGCUCAGAUUCUGAAAAACCGCACAGGUGGAAAGCGGACAGCUUUUUCCUGGAAGCAGCGAGUCUUCAUGCUUCUUCUGGUCGGAGUUCUGGGAUUCUUUACGUUGAUAAUCAUCAUGGCUAAACUCGGACGUGCCUCUGCUGGCUCAGACCCAAAUCUAGAUCCUCUUCUUAACCCCAACAUCCGUGUGGGGAAAAACUGAUAACAAGCAUUGAUUUCUUCUUUUCAUUCUGUGUUACACAAUAUAAGUCUGUGUAGACCGAUCUGAAAUGGGACUGUCCACUUCAUUGGUUAGCCCAACAGAGGGAGCCAUUUACCCAAAAUGAAUGUGGGGGGGAAAAGAGAAAGAGUUGCUGCACCUCUUUUAGAACGGAGGCUCCGUUCAUAUUACAACAACAUGUAAGGGCCAAUAAAAAAAUUAUCUCACAACAUUCAGGAACAUUCCUGUGAUCCAACAAAACAACCUGCAAACUCCAAAGCCCUGAUGCGUAUAGACGAAGGAUGCUGUAACUGAUUUGAAAAGCUAAAUGAUGAAGGGGAGUGGUAUUUAUAUUUACGGUUCCAUCUAACAUUUGAGUUUCCUUUUUUUUAAACUUCAGUUGAAACUAAACACUGUCGAUGUUGAAAGAACAUCUUAUUGCUGGCAGAAAAGUCAGAGCGUGUAUAAACGGCACAGAAACGUUUAUAAACCGGUUCUACUUGCUUUGUGCGUUUCUCCUUUGAGAGAAGAACUGGAAUCAAAUUUACUCCACACAUAAUUAAUUAAUUACAUAAGUAUUUAUGGGUGUAUGAAUUACUUCUAAAACUGAGUGCAUUGCUUUUAGAUUUGCCGCACAGACUGUAUGUACAUUUUCCUGAUGUUUUUUUUGACUGUCUAUUAAACGGGAAUACUACAGAAUUUCAGUAUUAUGUUCUUUUAAAGUCCAUAAAUCACGACCAUUACCUACUGAUGUAUAGGAGAUGUCAGCUAAGUUGUUCAGCUUCAAUGAGAAUGAAUAAUGUCUUAAAACAUCCUAAAUUUAUAUAUGAAUAUUGCUCAUUUGAGCGACAAAUAUGCUGUUAUUCCAUUGCCCACUUUGCAUGAAGCUGUAAGCAGCAUAUUGAUGCGUUCGCAGACCAGCGAUGUGAGUAAAUGAGAUCCCGCACAAUAGAUGCAGUACACGGCUCUCUGUGUACAGCUCUGUAAAUCGCUGCACUCCUUUUCUAUACAAUAUUUGCACUACAGUGACAACAUUUAUGAAUAAUUAAUUCAAAUCCGAGAAGCUGAGCUGUUACUGUACGCACUCUCUCUUCUUUCAGUUUCUCACUGUAACAAGACACCACGAACAUGUCUGUCUCUAAUAAAGCAACUUGACUUUCAAA